UUAAAUAAAGUUUUCUUUAAAUUACUCCUAGAAACUGUCAUGGCUGCGCCCAUGACUAACGAUCAGAGUUGUGUUUUUGCUCUGGCACUCGGAGUCUCCUUUCUUAAAUGUCUUUUGAUAAAUGCCUACUACUCUACUGAUUUUGAAGUUCAUAGAAACUGGCUUGCCCUGACUCACAGUCUGCCAGUCUCACGGUGGUAUUAUGAGGCAACAUCUGAGUGGACAUUGGAUUAUCCUCCUCUCUUUGCUUGGUUUGAAUAUGGACUUUCACAUAUUGCCAAAUUGUUUGAUAAGGAGAUGCUGGUUGUUCAGAAUCUGAAUUAUUCAAGUCCAGCCACAGUCCUGUUCCAAAGGCUGUCAGUCAUUGUGGCUGAUGUGGUCUUAUUUUAUGCAGUUAAAGAGUGUUGCAAAUGUUUGCGAGAAGACAAAGGAAAAGACAUUUUAGGGAAACCAUCUUUCGUCCUGGCAGUUUUGUUGCUGUGGAACUUUGGGCUUCUAAUUGUUGACCAUAUUCAUUUCCAAUAUAAUGGCUUUCUGUUUGGUGUUCUUCUUUUAUCAAUAGCGAGACAUUUUCAGGGCAGACACUUGGAGGGGGCCUUGCUGUUUUCCAUCCUUUUAAACUUGAAGCACAUAUAUCUCUACAUCGCACCUGCAUAUGGGAUCUUCCUGCUCAGAUGUUUUUGUUUCACCCAGAACAAUGCAGAUGGGUCUUUGCAGUGGAGAAGUUUCAGUCUUUUACGAUUGGUAGCACUUGGAACAAUUGUUUUGUCUACCUUUGCAGUGUCAUUUGGACCUUUCAUAGCUCUGGGUCAGCUUCCACAAGUCCUGUCAAGACUGUUCCCUUUCAAGCGUGGUCUGUGUCAUGCAUACUGGGCACCAAACAUCUGGGCACUUUACAAUAUAGCCGAUAAAGCUUUUUCCAUCUUGGGUGUGAAAUUCAAACUGCUUGACAUCAACAAACUCCCCAAGGCCUCAAUGACCGGUGGUCUGGUUCAAGAGUUUCAGCACUCUGUGCUCCCUUCAGUUUCUCCUUUAGCAACCCUUGUUUGUACAUUACUCUCAAUACUGCCUGCUCUUUUCAGGAUAUGGCACAGACCUAAUGGAGCUAGAGGAUUCUUGCGGUGUCUUGUCAUUUGUGCCCUUGGAUCAUUUAUGUUUGGAUGGCAUGUACAUGAAAAAGCCAUUCUGAUAGCAAUACUUCCUUUGAGUUUGCUUGCAGUGGAGAAUAGGGAAGAUGCCAGGAUAUUUCUUAUCCUCAGUACAACUGGUCAUUAUUCCUUAUUUCCACUCUUCUUCACAACCCAAGAGUUGCCCAUCAAAAUUUUUCUCAUGAUGCUGUUUACAAUCUUCAGUUUCACCUCACUAAAGAAGCUGUUCAGGAAGGGAGGAGCUUUGGUGAACUCACUGGAAUCAUUAUAUCUCUUGGGCCUGAUUCCCCUGGAGCUCACCUGUGAGUUUGUUUACCCAAUGACUGUCUGGCAGAAGACAUUCCCCUUCCUCCCUCUGAUGCUUACCUCAGUUUACUGUGCACUGGGAGUGACAUAUGCCUUCAUCAGACUAUAUAUAUUAUUGCUUACCUGUUCAAACAACACAAACAAAAUGAAAACUCAAUGAAUAAUGUGAUCACUCAUUACUCAUCCUCAUGUUGUUCCAAACCCAUAUGACUUAGUUCUUUGGAACACAAAGGGAGAUGUUAGGCAGGAUGUAAGGGACCUAAAGCUUCAGUCCCCAUUAACUUUCAUUUUAUGUAAAAAAAUAAAUAAAAAAGAACCAUGCCAACAUUCUUCAAAAUUUCUUAUCUUGUGUUCCACAGGAAAAAAAUAAAUACAAAUUAUACAGGUUUGAAACAACAUGAGGCAAGUAAAUCAUUUUUGGAUGAACUAUCCAUGUUUAAAUUUCCCUGAAUGACCAAAAUGUUUCUUUGGAACAAAAUGAGUGAUUGUAGUUUAUCUCUUGGGAUUUGUUUGGGAAUGGUUUGUGGGAUAUGAAUAUCUUGGUGCUCGGUUAUUUACUAUAUAUUAUGUAGACUAUAGAAACAAAUGUCUAUUUUUUUUAAGGUGUUUCUACAAGUUAAUUUGCUCAAUAAACUUGCUUAUUCCGGUAACCUACAGACAA